GACUGUCUUGUGCUUACAGGGAAGCGACCGCGGUAAGUCUGCUUCCACAUAUAACCGCAGUGUAAUGACAAAAAGCAGCCGCCGUCGUUGCAUUUUCGCCUAGAACCUCUUGCCGUGUUUUCCCCUCUGUGACGCACAGGAUGGCUGAUCCACUGGUUGUGAUUCCAAACGCCUCCCAGGAUAAAUCCAGUCGUUUCUAUGUGGUGUCCUGGAUCAACAAGCUCCUCAAGACAAACUUCAAAGAUGUGCGAGAGAUGGGAUCAGGUGCCUGCCAGUGUCAAAUGAUGGACUGUACUUUUCCUGGCUCUGUCGACCUGACCAAAGUGAAGUUUGACGCACAGAGUACGGAAGACUUUAGGCACAACUUCAGUCUUCUCCAGGAUGCCUUCAAACAGAAGGAUAUUACAAAGACCAUUCCGAUUGAGGAGCUCACAAAGGGAGAUUUUCAAACCUGCUAUGAGUUCAUGAAGUGGUUCAAAGUUUUUCACACAGCCAAUGCAAUAAGUAAAGAUUACGACCCCUUGAAAGCUCGAAACAACAAGGAUAUAACUCCGAUUUCAAUAUCUUCAGAGUCAGGGAAUUCAGAUCGGGAAACGAACGGCAGCACCACGCCAACUAAAGGGUUCCCAUACACUGAAACGUGGAAAGAGGAUUUUGAUUGGGCCGAUUGGAGUCCUCUCGGAGAGCGGCAUACCUACUGCUCCUCCUGCCACACCAACCUUAGUACAUACGUGAAGGGCGUUGUUGAGCUUCAGCGACACAUGGAAACGAAUAAACACAAAAAACGGGCGAAACAUCUCCAGAGCAGUCAAAGGAAAAGCCAACUCACCAAGCCAUUCCCCUGCAGCGACGCGGCCAUUCGUUUCAUUUACAAUCGCUGCUACACUGGAUCUGCCAAAGGCGAGCAAGCCCCGAGACAUUUUGCCCGCUGUAAGCUGGGGCUGAAGUACCCCAAAGACCUGAUCGCUGUCAGCAAGCACACUCCGUACUGCGUUUACGUUUAUGAAGGGCUGACAGCCGGAGUCGAUGACACUGUCACCGUGGUCCUGCUGCGGUUCUUUGACUCCGAGUCGUCCACUCACCGCAUCCGUUUUCUGGAUGCUUUUCAGGCCGCGGAUGGCGACGGAGAUCAAACGGCAACAGCUGUGGUGGAGACCCUGAAAAAAUUUGAGCUUUCCACUUACAAUCUUGCUGCUUGUUACGUCGGUGAGGGCGAAGCUUCAGAGCAAAUCCGCUCACGUCUCAGGGAGCUGAAUCCAAACAUAAUAGCCUUCGGAGGCUUGUACGCCAUUGCUGAUGCUGCUUAUCAUGCUGGGGUCACGGAGCUCUCCAGCCAAGUUCAAGAGCUGGUGGUAGACCUGUAUGCACACUGCUCCUCAUGCUCUGCGAAGAAUGACAACCUUAAGGCUCUCUUUGGCUCAGACAUCACUAAGCACAGCAGUCCAUUUUACCUCAGCAUCAGCUGCCUUAGAUUUCACCAGUUGAUCACGAAAAUGUUAGAAAUGUGGAGCGAUCUGAUACUAUACCACAGCUCCUGUCCUGAGGAUUGUAAAAAAGCCAAGUCGUUGUGUUCCCAGCUGAAGGAUCCUAAAGUCAAGGCAACAAUUAUGUUUCUCGAACAGGCCUUAAAACCUCUGCAAAAGUUUCAGAAACAAAUUCAGGAGUCGUCCUGGACUGACAUGCCACUCAUCCUGGAAGAAGCCAGUGCGCUGCUCGGCACAUAUACCUCUCGCUUCCUCCAGCAGAAUGCCGCCGCUCGCUACCUCAAGGACCACGACGCUCAAAUCCUCAAAAACAAGAAGUUCCACCUCUCUGGUGACGAUUUCAAUCUGGGCGGGAGAGCCGUGAGAGAUUUCCUGCAAGGGAGCGAGGCUGCGGAGUCGGUGCCACAGCUACAAGAGGAGGUGUUGCCGUUUUACGUUGCGGUCGCUGGUUGCAUUGCGGAGGAGCUGCCUCUAAGCGACACGGUGCUGAGAAGCAUCGCUCAGGUGCUGAACCCUCAGAGCAGCCUGACUGUAGCAAAAGCAGCAGUGGAGGAGCUCGGGAGCAAGCUAGGAGUAUGCAACACUCCCGAGGAGGUGAGGCAGCUCAAAAAGGAGUAUAGUGAGUAUCUUCUGGCUGAGGAAGGGAAAAGUAAAGAGGGAGUGAAUGAAGACACACUGGAGACUCCCUUGGCUAGGGUACUUAAAAGCCCAGGGUCCGCGCCGUUGUUCCGGAAGCUGGUUUUGACCCUUUUGUCAUUCCCGUGUCCUCCACUCGAUGCUCACCACGUUUUAUCUCAGGCUUUAGACACCAACGACGAUUGUUCUGAGACUGACACUUUUGUAGAAAGUGAAUGUGAGGCCCUAUCAGACGGCGUUCUCACAAACAACGGCAGCAAAAACCUCCAAGUUCUCGCUAAUGGACUGAACGGCCUGUUCUUGAAGCCCUGUGAAGUCCGCCUCACAAAGAUAAAUGAUCUUUGUGAUGAUAUAAUGAACGGCUCUCUGUCAAAUGAGGGAUCCUGGAGGGGAGGUCAUGGCUGGGAGAGCAGCUUGCGCCGGAAACCACCUGCCCGGAAAGUCUUUCAGGCCGGUGUUUGUACAUGGUCCAAACCCAUUGGCAAAAAUGAUCCGGAGUCCUUAAAUGAAGUGCUUGAAGGAAUGUCACCAUCCAGGAAAGGCACACCAUCCAGAGCGCGACACAGUCAGUACCAGGAUGGGAAAGCAUUCCCUGUAGGGGAGUUGGUGUGGGGUAAAUUAUCUGGGAUGUCCAUGUGGCCUGGUCUGGUGAUGGACUGGAAAUCCAAGCACGCUCCCCCAGGCGUGCGAAGGGUGGAGUGGUUUGGAGACGGGAUGUUUUCAGAGAUCAGCACAGAAAGACUGAAGCCGUUUAGUUCCUUCACUUUGUGCUUCUGCAAAAAUUCCUUUGCCAGUUUGCCCGUCUACAGAGAGGCCAUCUACCAUAUCUGUGAGCUGGCCGCUGAACGAUGUGGGAAAACCUUUGACAAGGCAAAAGGUGAUAAGGAGAAAGAGCUGAAGUUGAUGGUGGAAUGGGCUUCUGAAGGAUUUCUUCCUACUGGACCGAGGGGAUUUGCAGUUCCUGACCCCUCUUCAAAUCAAGACUCUAAUGACUCUGCUUCCCCCGACUAUCAACCCCCGGCAAAAAGAAAACACGCCCUUAAAAACAGGGAAGGGGGCCACGCCACCACCCACAACAGAGAUUCACUGAAAGAAAAGGUCAAAGAAGAGGGCAAAACAAUUGAACAUUUCUGCUUGUCUUGUGCAUCACCUGAGAUCAAGGUCCAGCAUCCCUUGUUUGAAGGUGGUCUUUGUCACAAAUGCAAGGAGAACUUCACAGAGACGCUGUAUCGUUACGAUGAAGACGGCUACCAGUCGUAUUGCACCAUCUGCUGUGGAGGCCUGGAGGUCAUUCUGUGUGAGAACUCCAGCUGCUGCAGAUGUUUCUGUAAGGACUGCCUGGAGAUCCUGGUGGCUGAAGGAACCUUUGAAAAACUAAAGAAGGUCGAUCCCUGGAUCUGCUUCAUGUGCGAGCCGUCCAAGUGUGAUGGACACCUCAAAGUGAGACCAGACUGGAGUGUCAAAGUUCAGGAUUUAUUCGCUAACAACAGUGCCAUGGAGUUUGAGUCCCACAGAGUGUACCCCUCUAUCCCUGCUGAUCGACGCAAGCCACUCAAGGUGCUCUCCCUAUUUGACGGCAUCGCAACAGGAUACCUGGUGCUCAGAGACCUGGGCUUCAAGAUUGAGAGAUACAUCGCCUCUGAGAUCUGCGACGACUCGAUUGUUGUGGGAAUGGUCAAGCACGAGGGGAAGAUCGAAUAUGUGAACGACGUUCGCACCAUUACACGGAAACAUCUGGCUGAAUGGGGUCCUUUUGAUCUCCUGAUUGGAGGCAGUCCAUGUAAUGACCUGUCUAUGGUCAACCCGCUGAGAAAAGGACUUUAUGAGGGCACCGGAAGACUCUUUUUCGAGUUCUACCGCAUUCUGACCUUGUUGAGGCCCAAGGAGGAGGACGACCGGCCAUUCUUCUGGCUCUUCGAGAACGUGGUUUUCAUGAAUGCUCAUGACAAGAAUGACAUCUGCCGGUUCCUUGAGUGCAACCCGGUUCUUGUUGAUGCAAUAAAAGUCAGCCCUGCUCACAGAGCACGCUACUUCUGGGGAAACAUACCUGGCAUGAGCAGACCUCUCUCUACCUCUCUUGAUGAUAAAGUCACCCUGCAGGAUUGCUUGGAAGCUGGCCGGAUGGCAAAGUUCGAGAAAGUCCGCACCAUCACCACAAAGUCUAACUCCAUAAGGCAAGGGAAGACGGGGCCACUACCCGUCUUGAUGAACGGCAAGGAGGACUACCUGUGGUGCACUGAAAUGGAACAGAUCUUUGGCUUUCCCAAGCACUACACCGACGUCAACAACAUGGGCCGGAUGCAAAGGCAGAAAGUUCUGGGUCGCUCCUGGAGCGUUCCUGUGAUUCGCCACUUACUCGCCCCUCUGAAGGAUUAUUUUGAAUGUGAAUAGGAACAGUGAGGUCAACCUGCUCCUCGGCGCAGCAGUGGUAAAUCCUUUGGUGCUUCAGUAGUUUAGGUUCUCUGGGCUCUCUCCUAAAGAUCCAGUUUGGUGCUUUGGCCCUUGGCUUUUUUUUUUUUUUUUCAUCAUUUAUUACCAUUCGUCCAGUUUCCUCACCAGAAGCCGGGGGCAUUUUUCCGUGCUGUUUUUCUACUUAUUUGUCUUUUCCUUUAUGAAGCUAUGAUGCUGUGAUCCGAUGUUGUUACUCCGAACGCAGGCCUGCGUCACAAAGUGAGAUGAGACAGUUGGCUCCACAUCUUCAGGGUUAACUCAGGUUUUUAUGACUACUGAAAUGUCAUGGCAACGGCACAUUUUACCUCUGAAACCAGCGAUUUGCUUCAUCGAUCAGUUUAGAAACAGCUAGCAGGCAGGAAAAAGCACCAUUUAAGGCUCUGCUGUUUGAUCAUGCCCUGUUUUAACUUUUUAACUAUCGUUAUCUAUAGAUACUGCACAAACGAACACAGCAACAUGAAAUAAUUGUUUUUACCCCGUCAUGUUCAAUGACCUUAGAUUAAUCACGUGACCAAAAAGCUGAUUGUAAAUUCCUGCUGCUGUGUAAUAAUGAGUAGCUGUGUGACCGUGUAUCAGGUGGCUUCAUCGACCUGUUGAUCUGCAACGGGACGUUUUCUCCCUUCAUUAUAUCCAGCCUGACAAAAAAAAACUAUUUUAUCUUAUUUAUAGUUCUUACAUCUCCUGUUUCAGCAUAAAGCGAAGCGUGUGUCAGCUCGCUCCUGUGAUUCGUCCAUAUUUUUAACCCAGUGUCUGAGCUCGCUGUCCUCCAACCGCGGCCCCCUUCAUAAUUAAGACCUCGUUAACCUCUGGAUUACCUAAAUCAGCUACAUGGUGGCUGCAGUUUGGGAAACAUCUGCAGUUGUGAAGGCAGUUAACACAAUAAAGCUCUGAGUGCUCACCAAACUGCCCCAUCCAUACUCCAUACAUCCAGCUAAACCCACGGUGACUCAAAACUAUACACUCCCCUGUUAAAAUGACUUUUUUUUUUUUAAAUGUAAUAAUUUUAUAACACUUUUUUCUGUAUAAUUCAAUGUGAACAUCCUUGAAGUAAUUCCUUUUUUGAAGCACCGUCUAAAUCAGUUUCAGCGUUCACACUUGCCUUUCCUUGUAGGGAAUGUCAUCAACCUGAAUUCAGUUCCUCUUUCCAAAGAGAUUAUAAAGCCGCGAAUGGAUCUCAUUGUACCCGUGGAUCAGUCAGUAGGUGGUUUCUAAAAACUCUCCCAGCGUGAAAAACACACCAAUGAUAGCUGGAGAGAUUGUGGGGCAACAGAGACAUUGUGGCGUCUGGGUGUUUUUCCGCAACUGAUGAAACGAUGAGACUGAAAAUGGGCAGGAAGACUGGAGGCUGACGGUUUAACCGAAGAAGCUCCAGGGGUUUCCAACAUGUAACGCUUGAUUUCUGCACGCAACAACAAUCUCCUGUGGUCUGCACAGGUCCAGACUAAGGAGAAGGGUACCAAGACAAAUGUCAGAAAUCAGAAGUCUUCACAGUCUGAUAGGGUUGGGGACCUUUUGCGAAGCAGAGUUGUCAAAUACUGCCGUCAAAACAUGUGGAAUAAUAGAGUGGAUGCUGAAGAUGAAUCAGAAAGGUGCUUCAACAGAGUGUCUGUUUAAAGGUGCUCACAGCAGUAACCAGGUUGCACCUUUUUUUUAUUUUUUUUAUUUCCCUGACAGAUUUGUUUUCAUUUUUUUUUUUUUUUAGGUAAUUUUUAAAGGACCCGACGUCUCAUUUUGUAAAGGGAAAAACUUGCAAUGAUUUAUUACGGUCCGGUUGUAAACCACAGAGAAACCGGGCAUUUUAACAGGGGGGUGUGGACUUGAGGACCACUGUGGGUUAAAAACCUUAUCAAGACUGCAAAUCCAGGGUGAAGGGCCCAUUAAAGGACCACUAAGCUCACUUUGUGGCGCAGGCCUCGCUCUCUACCUCUACCUCAGACUUUAGAGCUGCAGUUUCUGGUUUUUAUCUUUGUACUGAAAAUUUAAUUUGUCCUGUUUUUUUUUUCAGUGUAAUCUAAAUGUCACCUUGUUUUUAUCUUCUGAACAGAAACUUUAAGGCUGAUCUGAUUAUCAGACAUGGUUCAUGUUAUUGUUACUAAUUCUAGACAACUUGUUGCUCUAUGUUUUAAUAUGUUGGUAUCCAAACUGCCUUAAUCCUACUUUGAGCUACAGCCAUUUUCUCUACAACGAUCUUCCAUCUGUUGCAUAUUUUUAUGUCUCUCAAGGACUUUUAUUUAUACAAGAAGUAACUGUGACUGUUAACCAUAUUUUACCGGGAGCGUUUCAUUACAGUAAAUAUCUAAAAUAGGGACAGAGCUUAAAGUACUGUAACAAUCUUUUUUUCCUAUUUAAUCCAUUCAUUUACGUGAUUGUGUGGAAAUGGAUAAAAAAUAUCAUCUAAGCGCUUUGGUGAAACAAUGCGUGUCGUUUUAAGGUAUAAUUUAGUUUUAAGUGUGAAAUAAAGUACGAUUCAAAAUGGACACGACUGCAGUUAAAUUAUGGGAAAAAAUUAGAAAACAUCACUUCUUCUCAUUUAAUAAAGAUUAUUGACCUUUAAGCGUUCUCCAUCCUGCUACUUUUAAAAGGUUAAGAUUUUAUCUACAUCUCAUUAAGCAUUCAGUCAGGUUUAUUUUUAGCUGAGUUAGAAUCUAGUUUUUAUCCUGUCAUGUCACAUAAUAUUCAAACUUCUGUUGGGUUGUUAUAAAACACAUUAAAAUUUGCCGUUUUAUUGCAGACUUUUUACCCCUUAACGUUCUUUCAAAACGAUUUGGUUAAUAAAAAACAGUUUCUCCUUGGUUUGAUAAAGAGACGAAAAAAACUAUGGAUAAAACAUAAGAAAAAUUUUCUUUUGGUAAAAAUACAAGCUUUACAUUUAUGAAAUACCUGAUUGGUGUAUAGCAGAAAAAAAUUAGUUGCAAAACAAUUAUAGUUAAAAAAACAACUUAAAGGGCACAAAAGAAAGGUACAGGAGCUGUUAAAUAACUGAUCCUAAAGCUAAAAUACCAAAAACAUGACAUUGGUAGACCUGGCAAAGUUUAUUAUGUCAUAUUUUAAUAUUGAUGCCAUUUACAAGGAUUUUAGUCAGUGCCGCCAUGGUUUCAUGGUUUCAGUUUCAGAAUACCAAACUAUGAAGCAGUAAUAUUGUUUUGUGAUUUGCCAGUGUGCCUAAAAGGCUUUUUUUUUUCUUUUUCUUUUUCUCACAAAUUUAGAUCAGCUCCAUUUUAAGACUUGUGACACUUAGAAAUUCAAAACCAGAUUUAAUCAUGCCAUAAAUGAUACAAUAAAUAUGUGAUCCGUGAUCUUAUUUUUUACUUGCUCAAAUUCCCCAAAGAAACUAGGAAUGUUUUGUGUGGAAGCUAAACCAGACCCAGUUGGAGAACUGCAGGUCUGGUUUAAGACCCUGAUCUAAGCUGGUCUAUAUCAGAGUAUUUUAAUAUUCUUUAAAUGAGUCCGUGUUUAACUAUUAAGGUUUUCUAAAAAAA